UGCAUUCGAAUUGAAAAAUAACUAUAAACAGUGUCUACAUACAUCGUAGCAAUGAAAACAAGCAGCAAGUUUCUUGUCGAUCUGAUUGUUUGGUUCUUGCUUCUGGGAAAUGUGUUAUCCAAUGAGUAUACUACUUUCAACAAACUCGUAUUGCCCCCAAAUGUCACAGGUCCUGCAUCCGCUGCCUUAGACCGUGGAGGUAAAGGUCCCUACGUGGCAGUCGCAGAUGGUAGAAUCCUAAAAUGGCAAGGCCCCACAACCGGCUUCCUUGAUUUUGCCUACACUUCACCUAACAGGACGAAGAAAUUGUGUGAUGGGACAAAUGAUCUGAAAUUAGGAGCAAUAUGUGGGAGACCAGUGGCUCUUAGCUUCAACUAUAAAACGAGUGAUCUUUAUAUCACCGAUGCUUUUUUUGGUCUCCUUGUUGUGGGAUUCAAUGGUGGCCUUGCAACUCAGGUUUCCAGUGGUUUCAAGUACCUUUCUGGUAUCGAUGUUGAAUCAUACACAGGAAAUGUUUAUGUGGUUGACGCUAGCUUGACUUACAACAUAAGAGAUAUGACACAACCAGGGUUUAAGCCUGACUCUACUGGAAGGCUCUUGAAAUACGAUCCAAGAACUCAACGGGUAACCACUUUGUUAAGUGGACUCUCAGGAGCGGGUGGUCCUUCGGUUAGUAGUGAUCGAAAAUAUGUUUUGGUUCCAGAGUACGUGAACAACAAAAUCCAGAGGCAUUGGCUUCAAGGACCAAAAAAAGACACAAACGAGGUCUUUCUGACUGAUUGUGGGAACCCAAAAAAUAUUAAAAGGGCUGCAAAUGAUGGAGAGUUUUGGGUGGCAGUAGAGAAACAAGUUCAAGAGUCCCCGACGUUGAGUGAACCUCAUGGGAUAAGGGUGAAUGGGUCUGCAACAGUGGUCCAAACCGUGCCUCUUCCCCAUUUCUUUAACAUGGCUAUUGAUGUGGUUCAGGAGAGCAAUGAUGCACUAUAUGUGGGUUCGAGUGACACUGGUUUUGUUGGUGUUUACACAAACUAGAGUCUUGUUACUAGAUAUGGUUGGCAAGAACUCAUUGUACUAGUUUAUUUGUUGAUGUGAU